AUGCCCACUAAAAAUUCUCUCUCUUCCUGUCUUCAAUGGCCGGCCACCCAAACGGGACAUUGGUCCGCCGCGGCUCUCUUCUACAGCAGCAUACUGCUUUCGCUUGUUGCAAUUGUGUCUGGGUCGCAGCAGUUGCUUCUCCUUCCAAGGGAGAAACCACAAAGCCUAUUCGCUCAAUCGUCAAGCACAAGAAACUUAGCGCAGCAACACAUCCUCGAGGAGGGCCUCGUCGGGGACGUCCAUGCCGAAGCUGAAGAGCGAGCCUACCUAGAAAAGGUCGUCGAGGUCAUGUGCAUCCGUCGACGAGAGGACCGGCCAAACAAUCUGCAGGUUUUUGCGCUGCAGAUGCCUUUGAUGUUGCUGUCUUUGGCUGUCGUCAUGUUUCUGGCCGGGAUCUGUUCUGUGGUCUUCGCGCCUUUGGCGAGAGACCUGGCUUGGAACGGUGAUGCAAAGACGGCGGUGAUGUUUGGAGUCGUGGGCAUGUUUAGUAUUGUGCUAUUUUACGGUACCUCUCAGAUCGUGCACGGCAUGUUUAGUCGUGACGAGCAUGGUCCGUGGAUUGGGUCCAGGAUUGCUAGGAUACCAACAUAG